AUGAACGGAAUAAAUCGCAUUUAAAAUCUUAUUAUAAAAGAUAAACAAUUAUGAAUUUCAUCACAAUAUUACCAUUGAAACAAACAAGAAUUUUAAAGAAGUGUCUCUUAGAACAAUAUUUUAAAAGAUAUUUGAGAUGUCAAGCAAAGCUUUAUUGUGUUAAACAUACUAGUCAUAAGAAUUCUAUUAAUUUAAAAGACCGUACUGUAAAACGUAAAGCAUUAAAAUUACGGAUAUUGGAAGAUAUCAAAGAAACGAGAAAGAAAGUAGAAGGAAUUAUUGAAAGAGAAAAUAUUUGGACUGUUCCUAAUCUUCUUUGUGUGGGUCGUAUGGUAACAUCGCCUUAUUUAAGUUAUUUAAUAUUAUCACAAAAUUAUCAGGUAGCAUUAUGGCUACUGGCAUUCGCAGGAGUUAGCGAUUUAGCGGAUGGAUGGAUUGCAAGAACAUGGUCGUCGCAAGCUUCUAAACUUGGUAGUUUUUUGGAUCCUGUUGCAGAUAAACUUCUUGUAGGAACUCUUUUUCUUUCUUUGGCGUGGGUAGGAUUAAUACCAGUGCCUCUUACAUGUCUUGUUGUUGCAAGAGACAUUGCAUUAGUUGCUGCUGCAUCUUACAUCAGAUAUCGAUCAUUACCUGCGCCCAAAACUUUGGCAAGAUAUUUUGAUCCAACGUAUGCGACAGUACAGUUAGCACCUACUAUUGCAAGUAAAUUGAAUACAGCAGUUCAAUUAGCUUUUGCUGCUGGGACCGUAGCAGCUCCUGUUUUUCAUUUUGUCAAUCAUCCCGUUCUUCAAGUUUUAUGUUAUGUGACUGCAAUAUCAACAUUUGCUGGGGGAAUUAGUUAUUUGACUUCUAGAAAUACGUACAAAUUUCUUAGAAAGAAAAAAAUCUCAACAAGGCCGUAAUAAAUACAUUUUUAUUAUUUUUUUUAUUAUUAUUAUUAUUA